UUAGUGCACAUAGACAGGACAGUCGACCCAGGCGUGCGCCCCUCGGGGAACUGUCCCUGACCAUGGCCGAGGAGCCAGAGCCAGACCUCGAGGUGGCUGAGGAUGCAGUGGAGCCGGCUGUGGACGCAGUGGAGCCGGUGGUGGAGAUGCCGAGCUGGAAGGCUCCGGAGGACACAGACCCCCAGCCUGGAAGUUAUGAGAUCCGACACUACGGACCAGCCAAAUGGGUCAGCACUUGUGUGGAGUCUAUGGACUGGGAUUCAGCCAUCCAGACUGGCUUCUCAAAGCUGAAUGGCUACAUUCAAGGCAAAAAUGAGAAAGAGAUGAAAUUGAAGCUGACCGCUCCAGUGACAAGCUGUGUGGAGGCCGGCUCCAGCCCUUUCAGUGAAUCUACCAUUACCAUCUCCCUGCGUGUGCCCUCUGAGCAGCAAUCCGAUCCGCCCCGGCCUGCAGAGUCGGAUGUCUUCAUUGAAGACAGAGCUGGAAUGACCGUGUUUGUGCGGUCUUUUGACGGAUUCUGCAGUGGCCAAAGGAAUCAAGAACAACUUUUAACAUUAGCAAACAUUUUGAGGGAAGAAGGAAAAGUUUUCAACGAAAGGGUCUUUUAUACUGCCGGCUACAGUAGUCCUUUCCAGUUACUUGAUAGAAAUAACGAAGUGUGGCUGAUUCAGACAAAUGAGCCCUCCAAAGAAAACGAGUAAGAAAAUGAAGCUCACUGCCAGGGGCAGAACUCCUAUUGAAUGCAGACAUCAACAGCACCUUAAGUGAAGUAUCUAGUGUCUUCAUAAUAUAAAUACCUGAUAUGCAGGAUAUCCGAUAUGUGACCCCCCCAAAGGGGCCACAACCCACAAGUUGAGAACUGCUGUUCUAGGGUAUCUUACCCUAGAUACCAUCCCGAAUCAUGCUUAUUUCCAGUGUGCCUUUUUGAGACGCUUUAUUUAAGUUCAGGUACCAAGAUAAAUCUAUAAAUGGGUCCUAAGUGAGAUGGCCUCUGUUUCUGUGAGGAUCCAGGGCAAUGCCAUGCCAUUUCCCUCUUAUCCAGGCUAUUACUAUCAAGUUGCCUUCUUCUGCUUGGACUUAGGACAUUUGAAUGUUCUACCUUCCAUAUAAUGGCAAUAAAAAUGUUCAAGAUUUGCCCUGUGUAGAAGUAAAAUUAAAUAUUAUU